AUGGAGUGCGAUAGGAGCUUUGGUUUAAUUGAAAAGAAAAAACGCUUGUUUCCCCAGGUAUUUGUCUCCACACAAUGGCAAGAGGUAAUAAAAAACUCAUCUACAAAAUUCCAUGUUUAUAAUAUGGCCACAGAAGAUUUUUAUUCUUUUUCGACCCUCGAUAACAUAAUGAAUGAACCUAGAAAGUCCACAGAUGGUCAAAUUCUGAAAUGGAGAAGUAUUUAUUGGUUUGAAUACAUUAAAUCUGAGAAACCACUUAAUGUUACUACAUUAAAAAUUAAAACAGCUAAGUAUAGAAAUCUUAUAAGCCUCUUAGACUUCAGUCCCCCCUUAUAUCAUUCGUGCUACAGAAAUUUAAAGCAUGACGCCCAGUCUGCAGCUUCAAGUAGUAAUACUACACAACAGGUAUCGGUCCCAGAUACUGCGAACGAUGAAGUUGAAGAAGAUAGUAUAGUACUGGAAUCCGACUAUGAAUAA